AAGAAGUGAUGUCGUCCUCUGUAAUUUUCCUAGUUCUGUUCGCAUUAGUUUUUUACCAAAUGGAGAUGGAUGUUGCUCAGUUACUGGACGAAAGCUGCCGGUCAAAAAAUAACUUCAAAAUUGUCGGUGGAAAACCAGCUCCGAUAAAUUCGAGGCAUUGGAUGGCAGCCAUAUACAACAGAACUAAGGAUUUCAAUUGCGGCGGAACGCUUAUAACCAAAAGUAACUAUCACGAAAACGUGGUUAAAAUAACACGUACAUACAUACAAGUUUUUAACUCAACUGCUUUUAGACCACGUCCUAACAGCUGCACACUGUAUUAUCAACCAGGAAGUCCUGUACGUAGCACUCUUAUAGAUCCUUCAAUUCCUAAUCUUUUUUGACCUAGAUAUGUGCGACUAGGUGAGUACUAUAUAUUGUGCAACGAUCGGCAAUGUUCUGACCGGAAUUGGCUAGCUGUGGUCAAGGCCGUAAUCCAUGUGGACUUCAAAUUUAGUAGAAUGUUAAAUGAUAUAGGUCUGUUACAACUGCAGAAUGAAGUGAAUUACAAUGGUGAGAAAAAGGCAGUCUGGAUGGGAUUUGCGGAUUAAUAAUUGUGUUUGUAUGUCCUUUCUGCUGAUAGCCAACAUUCGGCCCAUCUGCAUCGUUCUAGAUAAAAACAUCAGUUCAGUAGGAAUCGAAACAUUCUCGGCAUUCGGAUGGGGCAGAACCCAUCCAGAUAAUCCGGAUUCUAGCCCAAUCCUAAACACUGUUUCCCUUGCACGCAGAAGUGCAAUGCACUGCUUACAAAGAGGCGAUAUAAGGGAAUUGUCCGACAAACUGAUCUGCGCUGGAAGCGAUAAAGGUGACACCUGUGGCGGCGACUCCGGCGGUCCUUUGGUGGCGAAUUUACCAUACCGCGGAGAAUCAGUCGCCGUUCAAGUGGGGAUCGUGAGCUACGGAUCAAUGGAGUGCAAUAGUAAUGGUGCCUACACCGAUGUAAUGCAAUACAAAGACUGGAUGCGAACGAUAAUUGGACCAACGACAAAGAUUCAACAACUUUUUUAUGAGAAGUGCGGCAGCACUUGGAGCGGAGGAAUCGAUGUGCUCCACUUUGAAGUUUCCGUAAUUAAUCGUAAUUUUACCGGCUCAUUGAUCACAGAUCGAUUUGUCAUAACUGUUGCAAGCGCUUUUCUCAGAAAUCCCACUGAAAUGUAAGUAGUAGAUCUACCAUUGUUAUAGUCUUCUUAUCAGAUAUAUAUUAAUAAUUAUUUAUUUACAUUCUUUUCAGAAAAGUAAAGUCCGUAUAUUUUACAAGCUUUGACGUUAAAGCGGUCAUCAGGCACCGCGAAUUCGGAACAUCUCCAAUGAAGGACAACAUAGCUAUAAUAGAACUGUCUAAGCCUGUACCAAUUUCACGUAAAUACGAAUAUGUUUAGCCCAUAAACUUUUUCUAAGAAUAGAUUUGUCCUAUAGAUUUCAUAACCACGAUCUGUUUGGAUCUAAAUAUGAAUGCCAGAACGUCGCUGACUGCCAUUCUCUACAGUACAAAUAAAGACGUACUCGGUGCUCAAAAAGUACAUUUUGAUCAAAUUAGCAGUUCUGAAUGCUCCAAAAUGAUUCAACUGCAACUACAACCUUCUCAAUUCUGUGUCACGAAGCCGAGAAGCGACUUUAAAUUCCACUUACCGGGCUCUGUUUUGGGUACAUAUGAUACUAUCAACAAUGACAAAAAGUUCCUACUGCUCGGUAUGAUAAGCUUUAUCAAGAACGAUUUGAUCGUUUUUACUAAUGUUACGAGUUACAAAGAUUGGAUACGAUUAGUAACUAAGACCCAACAAUAACAUAUAUUUAAGAUAACCAACCCACCAAGGACUUUACCAACCCCACACAACCACACCACCA